AUGCGGCUCCUUACGCAUAACCUUCUUAUGUGCAACCGGCGGCAGUGUUCAGGAGGAUAUCCUUUAAAAAUAGAAUUAGGAGACAGUGAAGCAGCAACUGUUGCAGUGGAGACAGAGCUGCAGAAGCAGCUGCUGCUCUCUUUGCUGCAGAAGCUGGAUUGGAGCGCUCUCGUCAGCACUGCAGCAAAGCUCGGCAUUGAUCUGCCCCCCACAGUCUCCGAAAGCGAUAAAGAUGAUGAAAACUUCUUGAGGGCCUUUCAGUCGGCAGUGCUGGACCUGGAGAUAAUGGAGGGGAAGCUGGUCUGCCCUACGUGUCAAAGAGAAUAUCCUGUCUCCAAAGGCAUACCCAAUAUGCUGCUGCAAGACGAUGAGGUGUAA